AUGAUAAAGAUUGCAACUCCAAAAGAACAUCCUUAUGCGUCCCACAUCUCCCGCUUUGCAAUGUUCCCAUCCUUCCACUCGCCAGAUGACCCUGACAAAGGAGUCAGAGUUGCCUCCCAACCUUUCAUCAACCCCCUCAUCCCGACUGCUGCACCAGAUGUCACUCUGAGGAGCAAAGCUAUAGGUGGUCCAUAUAGGCAUGAGAUCUUGGAGUCACCCGAGAGAACCAGGAAGACAGCUGUCUUAUGGACAGGAGAGCAUGGUUUCUUAAAUCACACAAAGCCACUGAAAGGUGAUGGUCAAGUAUUCUACCCUACUCCUCCAAAGAUAGUACUGCCCAACCCCAAACUUCGUGACUGGAAUUUCUCAUUAUCUGAGCGGACAAGCAACAUGCUGAAAAAUUUGGAGAGGACACACUGGGUCACCUCUUAUCAAAUGCACUACACAGGGUCGGGGCCAGCUAAUCCUCUAAAGAUAGAUGACUUCAAGGAAAAAAUGAGUGAUCUAACUUUGAUGACUUCACAUGCCGCACCACUGAGAGAAAGAUCCUAUCCUGUGUUUGUUCUCUCUAAACCAAGAGAAGAAUGGAAAAGAAGACAGGGAUGCCAUGUGGCGAGUAGUACUUGCGGCUCCGCUGCCACUGUACUCCAAAAUCCAUCUCCAACUCUGAACCAAUUCACUGCUUCAGCAACUAUGAACCAACAGAGGGCACAAGAGAUCACAUCUAAUCAUAAUGAAGCACCAGAUCCUAACCAAAUGGGUCAUAGUCAGUCAGAUUAUAACAGUGGCUCCACAGAAGCAGCAAGCACUGAGCUUUCCCAGGAGGUCUUACGCAAACAACAAGCUAAGAGCAAAAGCUCUGCAUAUCAGGGCAGGGAGCAAGAAAAAGGCAAAGUCAAGUUUGAUGAAAGUCUCAUGCAAGCAUCCAAGUCACAGAGCAGCCAAGAGGCUAACACUGCUCAGAUCACACACACAGAGCAACCCUUGGACCUGCACAACCGCCCACUUUCCCAGGGAGAGUUAGAGGUUAAAAGGGAGAAAAUCUCAAUUGAACUGUGUGAUGAAUCAAGCAACAAAAAUAAGUAUUUCAAAGUUGGAAGAAAUCCAUCUAGCCUUAGUCAGCCAGCUGUAAUAAUAUACCAGGCAGAUAUUGAAUCACAUGCUGAGUUAUUAUCAAGGGCAGCUUCAGAGCAGGGGAAACUGCCAGAGGGCCAUGAGCUGCCACACAGUAUCUGUAACCCCUGCAUCAUGCCACGGCCUCCUGUCCUGCCUAGUAUUAACCCUGUGAGAAGAGCUGGGACUGUGGCUCUCAGUCGUCUGGACCUUCAAGAUUCAUUCAGUAAGUCAGAAGCCCAUCGCAACUUCAACAGCUCCAUCACACGUGCUGUUGUCAACCUGAGGGACAAUGUAGUCACAGGGAAAAAACAUGACUUCUAUGGGAUCAACUGCUUCUACCUCCAUGGAUAA